CUCCCCCUUCUCCUCCUUCCUCGUUCUGGCGUGUAGCCCUGCCGGCCAGUCCCGGCAGCCACUUGUCCAGCUCUGGCUCAGGGCGCAGAGCCCAGGGGACAGUUCUGCCGAUCAGUCACCUCACCCAGACAGAGUCAGCACCUGGAGGACAUGGAGGAGAAACCAGUGGAGACCAAUGCCAAUGUGGAUCAGUCGGCAUCCCCCUCAGUUGCCCAGCUGGCAGUGCGGUUUAGGGAGCAAGCAGCAGCCACGAAGGAGACACCAGCCAGUAAACCAAGAAGGAAACCGCCCUGCUCACUUCCCCUGUUCCCCCCCAAGGUAGAGCUGGGCCAGAAUGGUGAGGAGAAAUCAUUGCCCAAUGCUAGCCACCCUCCUAAAGUCAAGGUGAAGAGUUCUCCCCUGAUUGAGAAGCUUCAGGCUAAUCUAACCUUUGACCCAGCAGCCCUGCUGCCUGGGGCAUCACCCAAGAGUCCUGGGAUCAAAUCUGUGGUGUCCCCCUUUCAAAGUCCACCCUCCACCCCCAGCAGCCCUGGUGUGUGGCCACGCACCAGUGAGGCAGAAGAGGUACCUGUCAGCUUCGACCAACCACCCGAAGGCAGCCACCUGCCCUGCUACAACAAGGUGCGAACCAGGGGAUCAAUCAAACGGCGUCCCCCAUCCCGGCGAUUUCGAAGGUCACAGUCAGACUGUGGAGAUUUGGGUGAUUUCCGGGCACCAGAGCCAUCUCAGGAGAAUGGAGCCAAGGAGGAGGAUGGGGAUGAGUUGUGUCCAAUCAAGGACAAAUUCUCAGGAUCCCCUUCUCCCAGCGAGGGUCUGUGUGAACAAGAAACCAGGAGACAGGGGUCCUCUGAGAAGCCUCCUCUUGUUAGGUCACCCAGCAGGACAGAGAAACUGGAUGAGAAGGUCACAGCCAUGGAGGGAGCCCAGCAUCCUGAGCCAGCUGAGAGCAAGUCCAGAGAGGAAGCUAUAGAAGCAUCCCAAACUUCCAGCUCUAGGGAAGAGAAUGGUUGUGUGAGUCCCGUGGGGGGAACCCUGACUGCAGAACAGGCAGAAGAACCUACAGACAGAAAGGAUGAGAAUGCACAGAAUGGAAAUGAGCCCCCAGCACAGAGGAGCCAAGCGAGAGCAACUGUGUUGGAAGAGACUCUUCAGACUCCCCCUGGAGAAAUGGAAAGUGGCCAGGCCCCUGAUCAGGCAGCAGGCACGGAGAAGCCAGAGGAAGAGGCUAAGGUGGAGAUCAGCAGUGAGGUACCCAAGUCAGAGGAUGACACACUUGUACUGGACACUAAAAUGUGAAGAGUUCAUUUUUCAUGGUGAAGAAGCUACUAUAAGUGUCUCUCUGGAAGCAACAUAGCAAUAAUAAUAGCAGCAAAUGUGGCCUUUGCAGGGACAAAACAGUUGGGAGGUCUGAAGUUUACCUAGAGACAAAGGUGCACUACUUCCCAGGCCCCACACUGAUGCAAAUGGAGAUUAGAUCACAGGAUGACAGACUUCCAUCAGCCUAAGUUUGUGUCACUGGAUGGAUCUAAUUUAAAACAACGUAUUUAAAAUGAUUUACUGUAAGGACAACUCUCCAGGGUUCCCUCAUCAGCCUGCGGCCCAGGGAACUGUCCACAAACACCAUCUCUGCAGCUAACCCUGGAACUGGAUGUGGAUUCAUCUUGUCCCAUUCUGUUUGUCUAAAGUGGUUUUCUUCUUACUAUACUCAGGUUUCUCCAGUCUCAGAUAUAAGGAAAAACUAAUUUCAGGUUGCCAGACAUAGAAGGAAAUCCUUACUGCUGAAAAUAGGAAUUCUCUACAUUACAAAAACAUGGAUUGGAUGAAGACCCUUCUGACACCCUUUCAGCCCCAGUCCAAAUUUCAACUAAUUUGUAAAAUGCCAGACUAGAAGAGAUGGCUAUUGAAAAUGAAAAGAUAUGUACCUGACUAACAACAGAGAGGCCUUUGCAUACCAGGAUUUUGGGGAGUUGGGGGGGUGGUGAACCAUUUCUCUCAUCUCCUGCACACUUGAAGAGGCUGAUUAUCUGGAGGUUUCCAACUCUGCCUCUGUAUGCAAAGCAGUAUUAUCCAAAUGAUGCCAUCCUCUGAUUCAUCCUGUAUGGGUGAGAUAUAUACAUCCACAGGGUGACCCUAGAGCUUGGAGGUGCUGUAAGAUCCCCUUCCUACUCCCCUACCACACACACACACACAUACACUCUCUCUCUCUCUCUCUCUCUCUCUCUCUCUCUCUAGCAACUGUUGUCCUGGCACCUGUGUCCUCCAAUGAGGCUUGACUUUCCCUCCUGGAUGUGUUAGGCCACACCUUAUCCUGAUUUCAGAAAGUCUUCCCAGACAAAAAGGCCUAAUCUCACAGCUGGUACCUCAAAAAAUUUCAUUCUAUUUACAGUUUUCCUCACUGCAGGAUCGUAUUAAGACUGUUUUUUUUUAAAGUAUUUUUAAAUAUAACGCAUCUUUUUAAACGUGUAACCUAGUUGAGACUGAUAUAUAUAAUAAGCUUUGAUUUUAGCAGAACUUGG